AUGGACGUCCCACCUCAACUCCAAUCAGAACUCGUCAACCUCGUCCGUCGAGCCGAAGUCAACUCUACCGCCAUCAACAAUGCUGGCCAAGCGGGCGUAUUUAGCGGGAGGGAUCCUAUCGAGUUCAACAGCUCUCAACCGAUCACGCUGUUCAUCGUACAGCUCGUGAUCAUCAUCUGUUUCACGCAAGGGCUCUCCUCGAUCUUCAAGUAUAUCCGUCAACCGAGGGUCAUUGCCGAAGUCAUCGGGGGCAUCCUCCUCGGCCCCACGGCUCUAGGUCGGAUCCCGGGUUUCACAGCCAACAUCUUCCCUCCUGCCUCUCUCUCCUACCUCAACCUCAUCGCAACUAUCGGCUUGGUCCUCUUCCUCUUCCUCGUCGGGAUGGAAGUCGACGUAGGGGUCGUUCGGAGGGAUUGGAAAGCCGCGGUCUUUGUCUCUGCUGCAGGGUUGAUCUUGCCCUUCGGAGCUGGGGUCGGGAUCGCAGUAGGGGUCUAUAGGGAAUUUAUCGAUGGAGAGAACGUGUCGUUUGGACAUUUCUUGUUGUUCGUCGGGGUGGCCGCCUCCAUCACCGCCUUUCCCGUCCUCUGUCGGAUUCUCACCGAGACCAAACUUCUCGAGACCAAGGUCGGCCAGAUCGUCCUCUCCGCCGGUGUAGGCAACGACGUCGUCGGCUGGAUCCUCCUAGCUCUCACCAUCGCCCUGGUCAAUGCUGAUAGCGGAGUCUCUGCUGUAUACAUCUUGCUCUGUGCGGUCGGGUGGACGAUCGUCGUCUUGUGGCCGAUGAGAAUCGGGUUCAGGUGGUUGUGUAACAGGACGGGAAGUUUUGAGGGCGAGCAUGGACCGACGCCGUUUGUGAUGCUGGUCAUGUUAACCCUGGUAUUCAUCUCGGCUUUCAUGACCGAUAUCAUCGGUGUUCACCCAAUCUUCGGAGGUUUCCUCGUCGGGAUCAUCAUGCCUCACGAUCACGGCUUCGCCACCAAGGUCACCGACAAGCUGGAGGACUUGAUUGGUCUGAUCUUCUUGCCUAUCUACUUCGUCCUCUCCGGGCUCAAGACCGACUUGGGGCUACUGAACGACGGGAAAGCGUGGGGAUACACCAUCGCCAUCAUCGUAGUCGCGUUUUCCGGGAAAUUCUUCGGAUGUGCAGGCGCGGCGUGGAUGUUAAAGUUCAAUAGGAGGGAGUCGCUGGCCAUCGGGAUGUUGAUGAGUUGCAAGGGGUUGGUAGAGCUUAUUGUGCUCAACGUCGGUCUCGCUGCCGGGAUCUUGGACACGACCGUCUUCUCAAUGUUCGUCGUCAUGGCCGUCGUCUUGACCGUCAUUACCACCCCCUUGACGCUCUGGGUCUACCCGGCGAAAUAUCGUACCAAGGCCAUCGACCCUCUCACGGAGAAACGAAACGCUGGAAACCUCGGCGGGCCAUCCGGAUCUGAAGGACUCGGCGGAAGGAGGGAUACGACUUCGAGGUUCAUGAUGGUCUUGUCCCGCAUGGAACACUUGUCGACGGCCAUGUUCUUCACCCAACUGUUUGCCACCAGCGGUUCUACAAACUCGGCGAGUCCUCGCCUGGGAUCGGCUCCGCUGAGUACGAUCGAUGAGAAGAGCAAGAUCCACGAGGUCGAUAGUGCCUCAGACAACGAUACCUCGGACGACCAUACCCCUGUUGCGCCGCUCAGACAGACGGCUCGUCAACAAUGGAAUGCUCACCGGCUGAUGGAGCUCACGGGAAGGACGCAGAGUGUUAUGCAGUCGAUCGAGUCGGACUCGCACGCGCGUACGGAUGACCUGCUCCAGCUCUAUCGGUCUUUCUCCGCUUUGAGGGGAAUCAACGUGGACACCGGACUAGACGUCGUGGAACAGGAUUCUUUCGCCGAGAUUGUUACCCGUCGAGCGGAUGAGGCUGGAUCCCAGUUGCUCGUCAUCCCGUGGACGGUGCCCGAAUCGGGUGCGACCGCUGCUGUCCUGGAUGAACGGAAGGAUAUGCACUCCUCGGUUGGGCCUUCGGGCAGCCGUCCUAACACUCCCCGCACGAACACCUUUGAUCAGAUCUUCAGUAGCGAAAAAUCGGGACUCUAUACCUACUUCCUCCGCCGUGUCUUUUCGGAAAGCCGCAAGAACGUCGCCGUCGUCGUUGAUCGGGGAUUUGCAGCGGUCAACAAUGUCGCAAACGGAAAUGGAGGUCAACACCUGUUGUUGCCGUUCCUGGGCGGACCCGACGACCGUCUGGCCCUGGGGCUGUGCAUUCAAUUGUGCCACCAAGCCAACGUGUCUGCUACGGUCAUCCGCGUUGACAACAACCCGACGGCUUCGAUCACUUCGCCUGCUCCUGCCGAAAGGAAACGUACCGAGUCCUCGGUCUCGAUGGAGGAAAGCGUCCGCGCCCAUCAGACAGCCCUUGAUGCUAAUCAGUUGACGAUAAGGGCCACAUCGAGCCGGGCCGACGCCAUGCAGUCUUCUGUCGCCGAUCAAGAGCUAUGGUCACGAUAUACCGCGGAUGACGAGGUCGCAGAAUUGCCCUCGAGUACACGCGACGCCCUUUCUCGCAUAACCUUUACCACCAUCUCGACUACACAGCCUCUCCAGACCAUCAUCGAAAAGGCCAACUAUGCAAUUGAACAGAACGGUCGCGCUUCGUGGAGACCUCUACUCGUCAUUGCCGGUCGUGGGCGUGUCGAGAACACCCCGGCCUUGACGCUGAACAGAGAGAUGGCCAAAUUGCUAUCCGCUCAAGGACAGCUUCCCGACGUUGGUGCCGAGAUCCGCAAGACCGUAGGCGAUAUCGCAACGGCAUUGGCCGUAUCAACUUCCGCGUCCAUCAUGGUUGUUCAGGCCGGCGCGGAGGUUGUUCACGAAGCAGUCUAG